AUAAGGAUCACCGUCAGUAUAUAAGAAGACAAAUUCGUUCGCUCGUGACAAAAGGUGUCGGACUGCUCAAGUGAAUCAAUUAAAAGAAGUGUUCAAAAAUUUCCAGAAAAAAAUUAGUACAUCAUGGCGCUAGGCCGCAAAAUCAUCCUUUUCGUUCUCAUCACUGCGCACUUGGCAAAAACGGAAUAUGAUUUCAAGAAUGAUUUUGAAAAGCCCGAAGAAGUUCAGAAAACGAGAAAGCCAUUCACUGUGAAUCCGCCUACCGGACGUGAUUCAGUUACACCCAAUCUUAUAUAUCCUACGAUUAAUUCUCCUAUAUAUCCUACGAAUACUAUAAGAUAUCCACCCGACUAUUCCGACCUUUCAUUUAGAUUUUCUGACGUCGGCCUUCAAAGAAUCGGUCGGAAUUUCAUUAAAAGCAGUAGCAUUAUCAGCCUCAGUCUGGACAAUAAUAACAUAAGCAAUAUUUCGCCGUUUGCCUUCCGCAGUAUGCAAAAUCUACGGCAUUUGAAUUUGUCCGGAAACAGAAUUCCGAUGGCGAAGCUGCUAUUGUUGAACGGAAAUAACAAUUUGCAGACUCUGAUCAUUAAUAACAAUAACGGUACUUUCGAGUGCAAUGAUUAUUCCGAAAAUACUUCAGAUAAUACAGAAAAAAUCCUGAAGGAUUACGAAAUCUUCCCGAGUCUGGAGCAUCUGCAUCUGUGUAACAAUCAACUGCGAAAUAUUGAUGUGCCUUUUUAUAUAGCCAUGCCUAUUCUAACCCAUUUGCAUUUGAGCAAUAAUAGUCUCAGUUCUAGCAGUGCUAUCUUCGAUAAUAUUCCGGCGUCGUUGACUCAUCUUAAAUUGAACAAAAAUCUAAUCGAUCGUGUCGCGAAGGACAAACUCAGGUAUCUGAAGGAGCUCGAUAUGAGUGAUAACAAGAUCACUCAAGUAUGCUUCGAGGAGUGUCAACAUAACUCCAUAUCCCUGAGAGGUGCUUUCAGAAUGGAAAGUCUGUUUUUAUCGAGAAAUCAGAUUUCAGAAGUAUCGUCCGAUGCCUUCAAUGAUAUGGAGCACUUGCUAAACCUGGAUCUGUCGGGCAAUGAGAUCGCCGAUUUGCCCAAGGAUACUUUUAACAAUACUAUCUGGAUAAUUAAUCUCUCUCUGGAUCAUAACAUUCUCUCCACGAUACCGAACGUUUGUUCGCUGCUGAAUCUGAAGAAUCUAAAUUUAACCGCGAACCGUAUCAAUGCGAUUCCUUCCGACACGUUUUGCCACUUGCAAAGACUGGAACAUUUGUAUUUGUCGAACAACAUGAUAACAACCAUCGAGACUCGUGCCUUCAAUCUCCAAAGUCUAAGGUAUUUGGACCUUUCCGGAAAUCAACUCAGGCAACUUCCGGCGCAAUGGAUAUUCCCGUGGCAGAUUCAGGAGUUGCAUUUCGAACGAAAUUACUUUACCGAGCUGAACAACUUAUCGUUAACAAACAUCAAAUCGCUAAGGAACAUUUACCUUGACGAAAAUCCUAUGCCAAAAUUAAAAGCGGAAUCUUUCCAAUCGCUUCCGGGAUAUACAACAUUGCAUUUGAAGAAUAUACGCGUCAAUGAGACGCAGAUUAAAUGCGCACAGGAUAAUGACGAUGACGAUAAUGAUAAUGAUGACGAUAAUAAUAAUGACUAUAUAGAUUAAUCACGAAAAAUACGAAGUGAUUAAUUAAAAAUUUUGUUUUUGAUACUUUAAAGCAAAACAUGUUCUUUUUGAUAUAAUCAUUAGUUUUGCAUUUUUGUUUCUUUUUUAGAUUUUGUUUUUAAGCAAUUUUCAUACGUUAAAUAAGAAAGACUAGAAUAAUAAUAUACAUUUUUUUUCGGUUAAAAUAUUGACGAAAAUACAUUUUCUUGGAGUAUUAAUUUUUGACUUCAAUUAAAAUGUUCUUAAAAACAUAUUUUAUAGAAAAUUAAAAAAUUAAAAUUUAUUAUUUUGAUUCGGAUAAAAUUAAAAUAUUUUGGAAAAAGCCAAAAAAAUAUUUUUACUAAUUAAAAACACACAUCGAUAUCUUAUACAUAAUAUCUAUUUUUAGAUUAUUAUUUUUAUUGAAAAAACUUAUAAAAAUACUUAACGCAAUAUAUGUUAAAUAAGAAAUAAUAUUAUAAUUAUACUAUUUCAGUUCCAUUACGAUAUAUUUCAAAACUCACCUUUCAUUAUAUGUAACUUUAUUCAGCAAAUAAUUUUACGAUAUAAAUAAGUACUUAAAUUUUCAAUGAAUUCACCAGAAAUUGUUAAAUUUUACAAAUAAAAAUUAGCUAUUAUAAUCAUCAUUAUCGCUUCGUAGUGCUUAAAUACUUAAGAAACUAUGCUGAAGUGCAGAGUAUUUCAAUUUAUUAUAAGUAGUACAAGAGUAGUAUUUUAGAAAAGUAUUUUAUGCUAAUAUUUUAUUACAUGUAUAAUCAUUUAAUAUAAACAUUAUUAAUAUUUUUU